CAAACGCUGACAGUCCUGUGGAGGAUGAUAGGCCUUAAGCAAUUGGUGGCUGUUUUCUAUUAUGAUUGUGAACUCGGUAUAUCACUCUAUAACAUUUCCCAAUGUGUAUUAGGAUCUGGAAAAACAACACUGUUGGAUGCCAUAGCGGGAAGACUGAACCACAAGACAAACUUUCUUGGUCAGGUAUAUGUCAAUGGACGUGAGUUGAGACAGGAGCAAUUUCGGAACUGUUUUUCUUAUGUUCUCCAGAAUGAAACCUUAUUGAGCUACCUCACUAUAGAAGAAUGUUUGACUUACACUGCUUUGCUAGCACUCCAGAAGCACUCCCGUGAAUUCAUUAAAAAGAAGGUUGAUGCUGUUAUGGCUGAGCUGAGUCUCAGUCAUGUUGCUAACAGUGUAAUUGGAAGCCGUAUUUUUCGGGGAAUUUCUGAUGGGGAAAGACGUCGUGUUUCAAUCGCAGCACAGCUAUUACAAGAUCCCAAGGUUAUGUUGCUAGAUGAACCCACCACUGGUCUGGACUGCAUGACAGCCAAUCAGAUUGUGUGGAUGCUUUCAGAACUUGCUCACAAGGGGAGAAUAGUGAUUAUUACAAUCCAUCAACCACGGUCAGAACUUUUUCAGGUAUUUGAUAAAAUCUGCAUCAUGAGUUUUGGAGAACUGGUUUUCUGCGGAGGCCCAUCAGACAUGAUCCGUUUUUUUAGUGGCCAUGGCUACACAUGCCCUGAACAUUCCAGCCCUUUUGAUUUUUAUGUGGAUCUAACAUCCGUAGACACUCAAAGCAAGGAGCGUGAACUCGAAACCUACAGCAGAGUUCGAACCAUUUCUUCUGCCUAUAAGAAUUCAGAGAUUUUUUGCACAACUCUGGAAGCCAUUGAAGAAGCAAAAUGCAAUGUGAAGGAACUGCCACCGGUACCCUUUAAAUGCGAAGACUCUCCCAGUGUGCUUUGUAAACUGUGCAUCCUCUUAAGGAGGACAACAAAGAAUUUAUCCAGAGAUAAGAUUGGCAUAAUAAUGCGGAUUUCUCAAAAUGUAUUAUUUGGCCUCUUUGUGGCAUUCUUCCUUCUGAGGCUGAACAAUGAUUUUCUUAAAGGAGGUGUGCAAGACCGUAUAGGACUCAUUUACCAGUGUGUGGCCGCUCUACCAUUUACAGGAAUACUCAAUGCACUGGCCCUAUUUCCAGCAUUACGGGCUGUUGCAGACCAAGAAAGUAAAGAUGGUUUAUAUCAGAAGUGGCAAAUGUUGCUUGCCUAUAUUGUGCAUUUUCUGCCCUUUAGCAUCAUUGGUGUUGCACUUUAUAGUGUCUUUAUAUAUUGGACUAUGGGAUUAUACCCAGAAGUUUCUCGCUUUGGAUAUUUCUUUGCUGCUCUUUUAGGACCACAUAUAUUUGGUGAACUGCUUACGCUGGCUUUUCUUGGCAUCAUUCAAAAUCCAAAUGUGGUCAGUGGAAUAACACUAUUGCUUAACAUAGCAGGUGUCUUAGCUGGGAGUGGACUUAUUAGGAGCAUGGAGGACAUGCCUACUCCUAUUAAAAUGAUGAGUUAUUUUACAUUCCAAAAGUAUGCCAGUGAGAUCCUUGUUGUGAAUGAAUUUUCUGGAUUGACAUUUACAUGUGGUCAUUUCAAUGUUUCUGCUGGAGUUGUGUCUCCCUGUACAUUCUUGCAAGGGAUUCAGUUCAUUGAAAAAAACUUUCCUGGAGGACCAUCCCGAUUCACAACAGACUUUUUACUAUUAUAUGCCUUCCUCCCAGCACUCAUAAUUCUAGCAACUAUAAGCUUUAAAAUAAGAGAUAAAGUUAUUCUGAGGCAGUAAGAGUCGGUAGAAAUAUCUUGGACCUAUGUACUAAAAACAAAAUCCCAUUGAGUUUGAUGAAUCCGUGUGGGUUUGUGGAGCAUUUUAAGCAGUUCUAUUAAGUUGUGUUAAGCAUUUUGCUCAUCUAAAAUGUGAAAAUAGAUUGAAAUUACCACUUUCCCUGUUAGGGAUAGAUUUAGGAAUAAUUCCAUGUUACGGUGCCUCUUUCUGUUAUUUUGCUUGGGAGUACUCUUCAAUGAUUUUUCUCCGGUCAAGGGUGCUCUGUAUGCUGUCUUAGGAACUAAGAUAAAACACAGCAAGAAAUACAUGCUCAAAAGCAAGAACCUAUGACUAAAUUAGAGUGCCUAUUUUUGUUAUGUCAUAGUAGUACUGAUGGAAGCCUUAAAUUGCCUCAGAGAAGCAACUGAAAGCACCACUAUGUAUCUUGGGAAUAUUCCUGGGUCCAUUUCUGUCACCAAAGCCUUGAUGGACUCUGUCUGGAGCUAUCUGUGACUAGCCUGCCAUCUAUUUCUCACAUUCUGACAAUAAUUUCUCAAGCAUUGAGAUCUCCUGGAAAGGCCCUCCUUUGUGUCCCAGCAGAGGAAACAAUAAAUUAUGUAGAGAUAUAAAUGACUGUCUUCCUUGCUAUGACACCCACAGUUGUGGCAUGUCUUGGAAAUAUGACUGGCAAUGAUUCUGACUGUGUCCAGUUCUGGGCACCACAGUUUAAGGGACAUGUUAACAAGUUGCAAUGUAUCCAGAGGGGGCAACUAAAAUGAUCAAGGGUCUGGACAACAAGCCCUGUGAGGAGCAGCUUAAAGAGCUGGGCAGAAACAUGACAAUAUUAAGUAUUAUGUCUCCUCAUUCCAAGUAAAGAGAUUCUGUUCAAUGUCAGUGAAACGUAAGUUCUGCCAUAGUACCAAAGUAGAAGGUAAAGCAGUAGAACCGUAUUUCUUAGCCAUUCCUUGGGAGAUUGUUGUGAUGUUGGAACCAAAGCUGUGCCUAAAUGUCACUGCACCGUGGGUGAAAGGUUAGUGCUUGCACUGGAUAUUUUUCCAUGCAAGUGUGUAAAUACUUUACAAGUACUGACAUAACCAGGAGCUAUACAACAGUAAUGUCCCAGUACAUUUCUUGGCCCUUGUUUCACUUACCAGAUUCAUCACUUUAUUCUUCUAUUGAAACUGUGUUGGGACCCAAUAUUAAGUCUCAUAAUGAAAGAGGAGAAAUCAUGGAUGGUUUGUAAUAAAAUCUUUUUUUUAAAGACUAAGUGGAAUUAAU